GGAAUGUGGUAGUGGUAGCACAGUGAGAAAUUAAAUGUAAAUAGUAUUACGUAAUAGUUUAUAUGAAAUAUUAAACUUGAUUAACAGACAAAGAAUGAGUAAGCCUGUAAUGAAUUACAAAAUAAAAAUUAUAAUAUUCAUAUACUAUAGUGAGCCAUUGCAAACGGAACUUGUAAGACUAUCGGUUUACAUUCCAGUAUUGGGCGUAUGAAAUUUAGAAAUUGUAUUUGUCAUUAGUCUUUGGUGAAGUAUGACAUAUGUGUUAUCAAAAGCUUCUAGCUACAAGUUUUGAUAAGAAUAUAAAGGUGAAACUUUUGUGUAAUUAUGGAAAUAUUAAAGAUGAAGUUUGAACCAUUUUCUGAUGAGGAACAGGAAGCUUUGUUGGAUAUCAAAUUGGAGAAAAAUGAACAUGAAAGUUCCACAAUAACUAGUACUACAGGAAAACCUGAUUACAUGAAAGAAACAUCUCUACAUACCAUUUUGAAGUUUGAAAUGAUAAAAGAGGAGAAAGAAGAUAUCUAUGAUGGAGCAACAGAGAAAAAUGAGAACAUAUUUGUCCAAGAGAAGAUAGAGCAUCCUGGUGAUCUGAUAGGAGGAAAUGUUAUUUCAAAGUUCAGUGAGAGCAAUGAUGAUGAUCUGGAUAGUUUAAACUAUAAUGAUAUGAACGUGAAAACAAAAAUCGAAUUUCAAGAAGAAAUUGAACCUGUGUUAGAAAGUGCAUCUGAAGUAUUGAAGAUGAAGGUUGAACCAUUUUCUGAUGAGAAGCAGGAUGCUAUGAUCAAUAUCAAAUUGGAGAAAAAUGAAGAUGAAGCUUUCACAAUAACUGGUACUACAUUAACUGCUAAUUACAUGGAAGAAAGAUCUAUACAUACCCUUUUGAAGUUUGGUAUAAUAAAGGAGGAGACAGAAGAUAACUAUGAUGGAGCAACAAUGAAAACUGAGAACAUAUUUGUCCAAGAGAAAACAGAGCAUCCUGGUGAUCUGUUAGAAGAUGAUGUUAUUUCAAAGUUCAGUGACAACAAUGAUGAUGUUCUAGAUAAUUCAAACUAUAAUGAUAUGGAUGCAAAAACAAAAACUGAAUUCCAAGAAGAAAUUAAAUCUGUGUUAGAAAGUACAUCUGAUAUGAAGACCAGUGUGAACAUGUGUUGUGAGAAUCAGUGUCCUGGUUAUCAUGUUAUGAAACCAGAAGAUCACUAUACAGAAGUUAUAAAAUCCUCAAAACCAAACAACACUAUAUGUGGAGAAACAACUGUAAAUGGAAGUAAUCUAAAAGAAUUUGAUAUACCUCAGUGUAAUGGUAAAACAUAUAGUUGUGUAGUCAGUGGAAAAGAAUUUAGAACAAUGGAUAAUCUAACACAAGAAAAGAGGAUACAAUCUGGAGAGAAACCAUAUCAUUGUGCAGCUUAUGGAAAAGAUUUUGAGAGAAAUGGUUCCUUAAAACAGCAUGAAAGAAAUCACACUGGGGAGAAAUCAUACAGUUGUGGAAUUUGUGAAAAACUGUUUGUAUCAAAAUAUAACUUAAAAAUACAUCAAAGAAUACACACUGGGGAGAAACCAUACAGUUGUGAAGUUUGUGAAAAACAAUUUAUAUCAAAGGGUGAAUUAAAAAGUCAUUUAAGAACACACACUGGGAAGAAACCUUACAGUUGUGCAAUUUGUGAAAAACAUUUUGUGUCAAACAGUACUUUAAAAAUACAUAAAAAAAUACACACCGGGGAAGACCUAAUCAGUUGUACAAUUUGUAAAAAACAAUUUAGAACAAAUGGCGAGUUAAAAGAACAUCAAAGAAUACAUACUGGGGAGAAACCAUACAGUUGUACAGUGUGCAGAAAACAAUUUGGAACAAGAGGUACCUUAAAAUUACAUCAAAGCAUACACAGUGGGGAGAAACCGUACAGUUGUAUGGUUUGUGAAAAACAAUUUAGAACAAGGAAUGACUUAAAAAUACAUCAAAUAACGCACAGUAGUGAGAAACCUUACAGUUGUACAGUGUGUGGAAAAAACUUUGGUAGAAAGAAUAACUUAAAAUCACAUCAAAUAAUACACACUGAGGAGAAACUGUACAGUUGUGCAGUUUGUGCUAAAAAAUUUAAAAGAAACGAUGAAUUGAAAAAACAUCAAAAGACACACAUUAGUAAGAAAACUUACAGUUGUUCAGUGUGUCAAACACACUUCUGGACAAUGAAUAGCUUAAAAUUACAUCAAAGAAUACAUACAGAAGAGAAACCUCACAGUUGUGCUGUAUGUGGAAAACAUUUUUUUGGAAGCAGUAACUUCGAACAACAUCUAAGAACACAUACUGAGGAGAAACCUAGCAGUUGUGCAGUUUGUGGAAAACAACUUGGUUCAAAGGAUGAAUUAAGAAGUCAUUUAACAACACACAUUAGGGUGAAACCUUACAGUUCUGAUGUUUGUGGAGAACGAUUUCUUGGAAGUAAUAACUUAAGACAACAUCAAAGAAUACAUCCUCGUUGGAAACCACACAAUUGUUCAUUUUGUGGAAAAUAUUUCAAAAGAACUGUUGAAUUAAAAGUACAUCAAGAAAUACACACUAGGGAGGAAUUUAACAUUUCUGUAGCUUCCAUACCUCGGCAGUCAAGUAUGGGGGAUUACAAUACUACAAAUUGGAUUUUGAUACCAGUAAUUGACUCGACAUAUUAAAAGGACAACAAAGGACCCUUUGGUUCAUCUACAUCUACCACAAGUACUCAAAUCCUGAAAUGCAGCAUUGAAGCCCAUAAUAAAUUACCACUGUUCCACCAGGGAAUCUACUUUAUGUAUAUAUUCAUCAGGAACUGAAGUCAAGGUUUUAAAUAUGGAAGCAAGAACCUUGCAGGAAGUGUUGCUUAUUAAUAGAUUUUAUCUUCCUCAUUUACUUCAUGUAAGGCUUUAUCAGAAACUCAAAAUAUGGAUUACAGGUUUAUGAUCUGUUAUUGCAAACAAAGAUCACCCUCAGCAAUUAGGACCAUCAGUUAGGAAUGAGAGUGAUGGUCAAAUCAUAUAUAUUUGGUCUGACAAGUUAUGGUAGUGAGUGGUAAUGACUAGCUGCCUUCUCCUUAGUCUGUCACUACAAAAUUAGGGAUGGCUAAUGCAGAUAGUCCUGAUUGAGGGCUUUGAAACAUUCAACAAACAUACACUAACAUGAUCAAUUCAUGUACUCAAAGAAUAAAUGGUUGUUAUUCUAAUUGUAUGACUUUGUUAACUACUGUUGGAAAAUGUACCUUAGGUUCUUUUUAUUUCUUGGGAAUCAAUUUACCUUUCAAUAUCUAUAUAUGUUCUUGUACAUGGAACAUUACACCUAAACAGCAAUAAGUCUUUGAUAUUUAUAAUUAUUUUCCAUAUUUCAGUUUGAAACAUUGAUUAUCUAUCAUCUACAAAUUAUUUUAUAUUUCUUACAAUAUAAUCAUGUUAGUAGUGUGUCUGGCUGCUGAUUUUCUGAUGUUUUUAUUUACUUUU